CUAUUGAACUUCUGCGGCAAUUCGUGGUUUCGAUUUUUGUUUACUGUGCGAUUGUGUGAUUGUCAUAAUGAUCAGUGUUUUCGAAUACGUUUUACAAACUCAUAUUACAGCAAUAAUGACGAUAUCGACGAUUUAACUAAUGCAUUAAAACUUUUAUAAUAGUUUUAAAUACAAUGGAUUCAGACAGUUCAUUACCGUCACCUCCUGGGCCUCCAAAAGAGCCGCCGCCAAGCUUACCGCCCCCGCUACCAGCCCGGCCUCGGAAAACAAGCCCACAGCCACCAAUUCCACAACAUCACUACGAUAUUGAUCAAGAAGUAGACAAUGAUGAUGAAAUCUCAGCCCAGAUGACAGCAUCCUACAGUGAAAUCUCCUUCAAGUCUGGCCAGAGUCCUGACAUUGACCUGCCAACACUCUCAUCAGUGGAUUCCAAUUCACUGCAGGACAAUGCCAGGAGGCCAGUUACUUUGCAAUGUGAUAAGAGACCUUUGGGACCAUUGACUCUGGAAGGGUCUGUGCACAUUGAAGGCAAUAUGACACAUUUUGUGGCUGAAGAUUUAGAAUAUAAGAUUAAGUUGUCUAGUCCACAAGCUAAAAAGUGUGAUACUCCACCUAUUCCAGGCAGUUCAUCAAGGAGUUGCACACCUAGCACUUUAUACAGACAAUUACUGGUGCCACAAAUUGGACAGAUUGAUAACAGGCUGCUGAAUGAUCUGGAGUGUGAAGCACAAAGAAUUGCUACUUCUAUUGACAAUCUAACUGAGAAUUUAUGUGGAAUAUUACAUUCUAUUUCUUCAAUAACUGCUGAUAAUGUAGAUGUUUAUAAAAAUGCUGUUUCCAAAAUGUCAGAUGCAAUGGAUGCUAAUAUUAAGAGUAUGUAUACUAUGAUGGCAAAAGCCGAAGAAGUCACACAAGCAAUGAAACUAGUGCAAAUUCAUGCUACAAGAUUGAAAGAAAUACGAAGACUUGUGGAUCUCUUUGACAGCUGUGUUUAAUUAUUUUAUAUUUAUUUAUAUGUUGAUUGUAUUAAUUGUUAUGCUGUUUCAAGUUAUGAACAAAUAAAUAGCUUUUUAUAUUAGAAUAA